CGCCGCCCUGCCCUGCCCUGCCCUGCCCGCCCUUCCCCUCCUCCGUUCCGCCCAAGCCAUGAACUUUGGCCGCGGCCCCGCGGUGGUGUUGAACGUCGGGGGCACCCGGUACUCCUUCUCCCGGGAGGUGCUGAAGGAUUUCCCGCUGCGGAGGGUGAGCCGCUUGCACGGCUGCCUCUCGGAGCAGGACGUGCUGGAGGUGUGCGACGACUACGACCGGGAGCGGAACGAGUACUUCUUCGACCGGCACUCGGAGGCCUUCGGCUUCAUCAUGCUCUACGUGCGGCACGGCCACCUGCGCUUCGUGCCGCACAUGUGCGAGCUCUCCUUCUACAACGAGAUGAUCUACUGGGGGCUCGAGGGCUCCCACCUCGACUACUGCUGCCAGCGCCGCCUCGACGACCGCAUGUCCGAGACGUGCUACUACGCGGCGGAGGAGCCGCCGGGGGAGCCGAGCCGCGGCUCCGAGGGCAAGGGCCGGCGGGCGCCGGGCGCUGAGGGCAGGAAGUGGCUGGAAAGGAUGCGGAGGACUUUCGAGGAGCCCACGUCUUCCGUGGCCGCCCAGGUCCUGGCCACCGUCUCCAUCCUCUUCGUCAUCGUGUCCAUGGUGGUGCUGUGCGCCAGCACCCUGCCCGAGUGGCGGGCGCCGGAGAACCGCAGCGUGGAGGAGCAGAGCAGGUACACAGCAGAGUCAGUGAGGGAGCCCUCAGGGAUAAUCGAAGCUAUCUGCAUAGGCUGGUUCACUGCAGAAUGCAUCGUGAGGUUCAUCGUCUCAAAAAACAAGUGUGAGUUUGUCAGAAGACCUCUCAACAUCAUCGAUUUACUGGCGAUUACUCCGUACUACAUCUCUGUCCUAAUGACAGUUUUCACAGGGGAAAACUCGCAGCUCCAGAGGGCUGGCGUCACCUUGAGGGUCUUAAGAAUGAUGAGGAUUUUUUGGGUGAUUAAACUGGCUCGUCAUUUCAUUGGCCUUCAAACACUUGGUCUGACUCUGAAGCGUUGUUACAGAGAGAUGGUGAUGCUCCUUGUCUUUAUCUGUGUUGCUAUGGCAAUUUUCAGUGCACUCUCCCAGCUUCUUGAAAACGGGCUGGACUUGGGAACAAAGAACAAGGAUUAUGCCAGCAUUCCUGCUGCUUGUUGGUGGGUGAUCAUCUCGAUGACCACGGUGGGUUAUGGGGACAUGUGUCCCAUCACUGUCCCAGGAAGGAUUCUUGGAGGAAUUUGUGUGGUCAGUGGCAUCGUGUUAUUAGCCUUGCCAAUCACUUUCAUUUAUCACAGCUUUGUGCAGUGUUACCAUGAGCUCAAGUUCCGAUCUGCUAGGUACAGUAGAAGUCUCUCUGCUGAAUUCUUAAACUGACCCAACUCGCAUUGUGUUGUAGUUACUUGCUAAGCUUUGUCUUAGAAGAGAAUGGUGGAAGGUCCCUUCGCGUGUCCUCCUUGACUGGAUGGUCCAGUGGAACAGCAUUCUCGCCAGCCUGGAGAAAGCCCGUCACCAUUCAGACAGGAAGGAUGGCCAUCCGCCUUGGGCAUGUCGCAGGGACAGGGAGCGAUGCUUCAAAUUUGAGAGAACAAAAUUAACACAAGAGGAUUCAGAAAUCCUCAACCAGACCAGCUUGGUUUUCAGUUUGCCUUUCCACGUAAAAGCAGAACAAGAAAUGGGCUUAACACUGAGCUCCGGCGUUCCCAUAAUUACAUCCAUUCUAAGCAACGUGUAGCAGAAGUUUUUCAACGAUUUCAAUAUCUAAAUGCUCUGCAAAGGCAUUGGUAACUUCUUUCCUGAAGUAUCUCCACUCCUAACUCAGAUAACCAAGCUCGAUACUGAAGGAGAAUCACUGCUACUUUUGAGCUUCAUCACAGACUAGAGCUAGUUCUGUAACUCAGGAGAGAUGAAUAAUACGUGACUGCUGUAGGGCAAUGAAUCUUGAGGCCUGAUUCUGAUCUUUGGUGAAGCACACAAAUCUUCUGUAAAACCAGUGAAGUCAGUGGCAUUUGCCUGAGUUUGAUAAUUCAAAGUGCAAAAAGUGCACCUCCGAAUCACAGAAAGGUUUGGGUUGGAAGUGACCUUAAAGAUCAUCUAGUUCCAAUCGCACUAGACCAGGUUGCUCAAUUAGCCACAAUUAAUUUCUUCUCUGGAACCGAAUCGUUAGUGGAAGCAAGCGUUGUACUUUACAAAGAUCAGCAUAAAAAAAUCAGGCAUUGAUAAAUACAUUUUCUGGUAGCUUAGUGGGGGUGCUAUCCAUAUCUUAGGUACAUUGAGUUCAGCUCCAUCCGCCUGAAGUCACAUACUCAUAAACAUAGAUUCCCCCCUAUUUAAUUAAACAUGCACAUCUUAGUGAAGGUUCUCUAAGACCAACUGUAGGAUUACCAUCACUUGCAACAGUCUGGAGAAAGCACUGCUAAACAAAGAGUAGCUGCUCCCUUUCAGAUGAGACUUUUCAGCAUCUUUAAAUCCUGCAGUCCUUACUGAAGGAUACACUUCACUCUAAUGGUAGGUUAAAAAUAACCGUAAAAAGCCCAGAGCAUACCAAAGAAAGUAAAAUACAGAAGUGUGAGUUGCACUUGGCAAAAUGGUGUAUUCUCCAAUGUAACUAGGAAAUGAGUCAAAUUGGGUUCUGAAAUACUGCUCACUACAUUUCGUGUGUACUACUGACCUAAUAGCAUCAGUCAGUACAACUCUGAAAGGCUGCUACAUAGAAAUGUGGACGUCAAUACUAAAACGCAUUAAGGUACAGCUUUACACAUUUAGGUACUGAUAAACAUCAAAAGGGAGCUUUCUUAUUAACACAGAAUUUGAGAGUCAUCAGCAUAGUUGAGUUUGGUGUGCUUGCCUGAAAAUACUGCGUUUACCAUUACUGUGAUGUAGAACCAUCUUUUGUAUACAUAUUUGUCAAAAGCUUUAGGAGCAAAAUGAGUACCACCUAGAAGACCCAUCUCUGAAUCGCUCAGUCAGAGAAAAGUACCCUGUUGGUCAAUAGCCAGUACACUGAAGGCUCUACCUUGAGACCUGAACAAUCCAUUCUCAUUUUAGGUGAUCGUAAGUCUUAAGUAGUCGUAAAGAAUGACAUUGCAAACACAGUAUGUCUGAAGACCUGAAAAGAAUUUUAGUCGCCUUCUUACCGGCAAGCUUGACUUUUCCUUCGGCAGCAUCUCAAGGCUAUAUUGUUAAGUCACAUUACAGCCAUCCCUGGGUUUCUUGUCAUGUUCUGGUGUUCAGGUUAGCUCUGUAGUUCUGUCUACUACUGUAUCGAUGCCUUUUGUAUCAGAAUCACGUCAUUCGGCAACCGGUUCCAGCAUUCCACAGCGGGGUGAAUAUGAGAUCAGCAAAAAUGUCUUGGGUGAGAUUCACAGCUGAUGUCAGUUAGCCAAGGUGUGACUUCAGAGACACGGAGAUGUUUUACACCAGUGGACGUGCUUGCUCUGUAUUCCUGCAUGUGUACUUAUAUAUAUAUCCUGCAUAUAUUAUAUAUUAUAGUCAGUGGAAAUGCUGGGGUGGGUUUUUUUUCU